AACAGUUCAAACACCCCUCGGCACAGGCAGCGUGCACUAGAUCACCAGCCUCGCAGAAGAAUUAGACAAAGUAACACAAAGGUAAAAGUAUGCCGGCUACUGAGAAAGAUUUGGCAGAAGACGCACCAUGGAAAAAGAUCCAGCAGAACACCUUCACUCGCUGGUGCAAUGAGCACCUGAAGUGCGUUAACAAGCGGAUAGGAGACCUGCAAAUCGACCUGAGCGACGGCUUGAGGCUCAUUGCCCUCUUGGAAGUCCUGAGCCAGAAGAAGAUGUAUAGAAAAUACCACCCAAGACCAACCUUCAGGCAGAUGAAACUCGAAAAUGUAUCUGUCGCACUUGAAUUUUUGGACCGCGAAAAUAUUCGCCUGGUGUCAAUCGACAGUAAGGCAAUAGUAGAUGGGAACCUGAAGCUCAUCCUUGGGAUGGUGUGGACACUCAUCCUGCAUUACUCCAUCUCCAUGCCUGUGUGGGAGGAUGAGGAUGACGCUGAGGCCAAGAAACAGACUCCCAAGCAGCGGCUGCUGGGAUGGAUCCAGAACAAAGUGCCUGACCUACCAAUCACCAAUUUCAGCCAGGACUGGCAAAAUGGAAAAGCCCUGGGUGCCUUGGUGGACAGUUGUGCCCCUGGUCUGUGUCCGGACUGGGAGACAUGGGAUACAGCGAAACCUGUGGACAACGCUACUGAGGCCAUGCAACUGGCUGAUGAUUGGUUGGGAAUCCCACAGGUGAUCGCUCCAGAGGAGAUCAUCGACCCGAGUGUUGAUGAGCAGUCCGUCAUGACCUAUCUGUCCCAGUUCCCCAAGUCCAAGCUGAAGCCUGGUGCUCCACUCAAACCCAAACUCAACCCAAAGAAAGCCAGAGCGUACGGCCCAGGAAUUGAGCCUGUGGGGAACAGGGUGAUGCGCCCUGCUGUCUUCACUGUGGAUUCCUUCAGUGCUGGCCAGGGUCAGGUCACUGUUUACAUUGAAGACCCCGAGGGCACCAGGGAGGAGGUGAAGGCCGUUCCCAAUGAAGGCAAGAAGACAUUCAGUGUAACUUACAUCCCACAAGUAAUGGGAAUGCACAAGGUGACUGUGCUCUUUGCUGGCCAGCAAAUACCAAAGAGCCCAUUCGAAGUGAAUGUGGAUAAGGCUCAGGGAGACCCCACCAAGGUCAUAGCUAAAGGGCCUGGCCUUGAGCCAUUGGGCAACAUUGCUAACAAGCCCACCUACUUUGACAUCUACACUGCAGGGGCCGGAGUGGGUGAGGUCACAGCGGUCAUCAAGGACCCCCAGAGCAACAAGAACACAGUGGAGGCCGUCUUGGAGGACAAGGGAGACAGCGUGUUCCGUUGCACCUACCGGCCAAUCCAGGCUGGCCCCCACACCAUCACAAUCACAUUUGGUGGCAUCGGCAUUCCCAAAAGCCCCUUCACAGUCAACAUUGGCCCAGCCUCCAAUCCAAAUGCCUGUCGUGCCACGGGCCGUGGGUUGCAGCCUCGAGGGGUUCGUAUCAAGCAGACCGCUGAUUUUAAGGUGGACACUCGGAAUGCAGGGAGUGGGGACCUGAAGGUCUCAGUCAAAGGGUCCAAGGGCCAAGAUGAGCUAGUGAAGCAGAAGGAAUCACUGGAUGGUGUGAAUGCCUUUGAAUACUACCCACUUACGCCUGGAAAGUAUGUAGUGACUAUUACAUGGGGAGGAGUGCAUAUUCCAAAGAGUCCCUUUGAGGUCCAGGUGGGCUCUGAGGCUGGGCCACAGAAGAUCCGAGCCUGGGGCCCAGGACUUGAAGGAGGAGUGGUGGGCCGGUCUGCUGACUUUGUGGCAGAAUCCAUUGGCACUGACGUGGGAGUGCUUGGCUUUGCUAUUGAGGGACCUUCCCAGGCUAAGAUUGAGUGUGAAGACCAGAACGAUGGCUCGUGUGACGUGAAGUACUGGCCAACAGAGGCUGGAGAGUAUGCCGUUCACGUCAUGUGUGAUGAUGAGGAUAUUGAAGACAGUCCAUUCAUGGCAUACAUCAUCCCUGACAACAAAGCCAACAAUGUUGACCAGGUCAAGGCUUAUGGCCCUGGCCUAGAGAAGACUGGCUGUGUCAUCAACAAGCCAGCAGAAUUCACCGUCAGUGCAAAGGAUGCAGGGAAAGGUCCUCUGAAAAUUAUCGCACAGAAUGCAGAUGGUGUUCCAGUGGACGUCAAGAUGAAGAGCAAAGGGGAUGGAGUAUAUGCCUGCUCGUACAAUCCCACAGAGGCGGUCAAACACACUGUGGCUAUCUCGUGGGGAGGGGUCAGUGUGCCCAACAGCCCCUUCAGGGUCAAUGUCGGGAAGGGAAGUCAUCCACACAAAGUGAAGGUGUACGGCCCAGGAGUGGAGAGGACUGGACUCAAGGCCAAUGAGCCCACUCACUUCACUGUGGACUGCACUGAGGCAGGGGAAGGAGAUGUAAGCGUGGGCAUCAAAUGUGAUGCUGACAUGAUCAGUGACAAAGAGGAAGACCUUGACUUUGACAUCAUUCCUAACGCCAACGACACCAUCACAGUCAAAUACGUCCCCCCUGCAGCAGGCCGGCUCACCAUCAAAGUGCUGUUCUCUGACCAGGAGAUCUCCGUUAGUCCUUUCCGUGUGAAAGUGGAGCCCUCUCAUGAUGCCUCGAAGGUCAAGGCCGAGGGUCCUGGCAUCGCAAGGGCAGGAGUAGAGUGUGGGAAACCCACCCACUUUACUGUGCACACUAAAGGGGCAGGCAAAGCACCUCUGGAUGUCCAGUUUUCCAGCUCUGCCAAAGGUCAGCCUGUCCAGGACUUUGAGAUCAUCGACAACUAUGAUUACUCCCACACUGUCAAAUACACCCCUGUCCAACAGGGUGAAAUGGUUAUCACUGUAACGUUUGGAGGUGACCCCAUCUCAAAGAGUCCCUUUGCUGUGGGCGUGGCAGCCCCAUUGGACCUGAGCAAGAUCCAGGUGGAUGGACUGGACAGCCGAGUGGAGGUGGGUCAAGAUCAGCAGUUUGUUGUGGGCACCAAAGGGGUGGGUGGCCAGGGCAGACUGGAGGUGCGCAUCAGCAGCCCUGCCAACAGAGCCGUGCCCUGUGAGGUGGAGCCCCAGCCCGGGAAGGCGGCCAGUCUGGUGAAGUACGUCCCCAAAGAAGAAGGGGUCUACACCGUGGAGGUGUGCUACGAUGGCAACCCAGUGCCGGGGAGUCCCUUCCCUGUGGAGGCUCAACUGCCACCGGAUCCCAGCAAGGUGAAGGCCUUUGGUCCUGGACUGAGGGGAGGUCUAGUGGGGAACCCUGCUGAGUUCACCAUCGACACUAAGGGAGCUGGCACCGGCGGACUCGGCCUGACCGUGGAGGGUCCCACAGAGGCCAAGAUUGAGUGCUCAGACAACGGUGAUGGCACCUGCUCCGUCUCCUACCUACCCACCGAACCUGGAGAGUACCUGGUCAACAUCCUGUUUGAAGACACGCACAUCCCAAGUUCCCCAUUCCACGCUGACAUUCAGAUGCCCUUCGACCCCACCAAGGUGGUGGCGUCAGGCUCGGGGCUGAAGCGCGGCAGGGUGGGGGAGACGAGCGUCGUGAACGUGGACUGCUCUCGAGCAGGACCUGGCCAGCUGGCCAUGGAUGCUGUGUCUGACGCGACUGGAGCUAAGGCCAAGACCGAGGUUCUGGAUAACAAGGAUGGAACCUACACAGUCACCUACGUUCCCCUCACUGCAGGCAUGUACACGCUCAUGCUGAAGUACGGGGGGAAGGCUGUGCCCAACUUCCCUGCCAAGGUGGCCGUGGAUGCUGCUGUAGAUACCAGCAAAGUGAAGGUGUUUGGAGCAGGCGUGAAAGGAGAAGGGGUCUUCAGAGAGGCCACCACAGAGUUCACGGUGGACGCUCACCCUCUCAGCAGAUCAGGUGGCAGUCACGUCAAGGCACAGGUGACCAACCCCUCUGGUGCACUUACUGACUGCAGCAUCACAGACAAAGGAGACGGGACCUACAAUGUGGAGUACACACCCUUUGAAAAUGGAAAUCACAGUGUGGAGGUGCUGUACGAUGACACCCCAGUUCCCAAUAGUCCAUUCCAGGUGGGAGUGACUGAUGGCUGUGAUCCAACGCGUGUGUUGGCCAAGGGCCCAGGGUUGGAGCAGGCCCUGACCGACAAACCCAACAAGUUCUCCAUCAUCACCAGAGGGGCUGGUAUUGGAGGGUUGGGCAUCACUGUUGAAGGCCCCUCAGAAUCCAGGAUGUCAUGCAAAGACAACAAAGAUGGCAGCUGCAAUGUAGAGUACACUCCCUAUGUGCCUGGGCUGUACGAUGUCAACAUCACCUACGGAGGGAAGCACAUUCCAGGCAGUCCUUUUAAGGUGCCAGUGACCGAUGUGGUGGACUCAAGUAAAGUGAAGAUUUCUGGGCCUGGAGUUGGCUCAGGUGUCAGGGCUAAAAUCCCUCAGACUUUGACUGUGGACUGCAGCAAGGCAGGUGUGGCCCCCCUCUCUGUGGCUGUCACAGGACCUAAAGGUGUUGUAGAGCCAGUAGAGGUGACUGACAAUGGAGAUGGCUCCCACACCGUAGCCUACACCCCCUCAGUAGAGGGACUCUACUCACUGGCAGUAAAGUAUGCAGAUGAAGAGGUUCCACGCAGCCCAUUUAAGUUGCGGGUGCAGCCCACUCAUGAUGCCAGUAAGGUGCGGGCCAGUGGUCCUGGGCUCACUACCGGUGUGCCUGCCAGCCUGCCUGUUGAGUUUACCAUCGAUGCCAAAGAUGCAGGAGAGGGCCAGCUGUCUGUGCACAUCACUGAUCAGGACGGUAAAGCCAAGAAGGUCAACAUCCAGGAUAACCGUGAUGGGACCUACAAAGUGUCCUAUGUGCCGGAUAAGGUGGGCCGCUACACUAUCGUCAUCAAGUAUGGUGGAGACGAGAUCCCCACGUCCCCUUACCGCGUGCGAGCCACCUCCACUGGGGAUGCCAGCAAGUGCACAGUCACAGGUCCUGGUAUCGGCCCCACCAUUGGCAUUGGAGAGGAGGUUGGCUUUGUGGUGAACACCAAGGGUGCUGGAAAAGGCAAGGUGUGCUGUGUGGUGGUCACCCCCGAUGGAACUGAGGUGGAGGCAGAAGUUAUAGAGAAUGAAGACGGAACCUUUGAUAUUUUCUACACUGCACCGAAACCUGGCACGUACGUCAUCUACGUACGCUUUGGUGGCGAAAACAUUCCUAGAAGUCCCUUUAAAGUCACGGCGACAGAUGAGGCUCCUUUGGUGCAACAGCAGGCCACUCAUCAGCAGCAGAUGGCUCCAGGAGCUGGUUUCCAACCCUGGGUGACUGAUGGCUCGUACAUCCCUGUAAACAGCAUGAAUGGAACAGGCUUCAGGCCCUUCGAUAUGGUGAUUCCCUUCACCCUCAAGAAAGGGGAGGUCACAGGAGAGGUACACAUGCCAUCAGGGAAGACCGCCCAGCCUGAGAUCAUUGACAAUAAGGAUGGCACCGUCACUGUCAAAUACGCCCCCACUGAGGCUGGCCUUCAUGAGAUGCACAUCAAGUACAAUGGCACUCACAUUCCAGAGUCUCCGCUGCAGUUCUUUGUGAACCACUCUAGCAGUCCCAACGUGACGGCCUAUGGGCCAGGCCUGGUGUACGGAGUGGCCAACAAGACUGCCACCUUCACCAUCUACACAGAGGAUGCCUCUGAGGGUGGUUUGGAUUUGGCUAUUGAGGGUCCCUCCAAAGCUGAAAUCAGCUGUGUGGACAAUAAAGAUGGCACUUGUACGGUCACGUACCUUCCCACGUUGCCUGGCGACUACAACAUCCUCGUGCGCUACAACGAAAAGCACAUUCCUGGGAGCCCAUUCACUGCCCGUGUCACUGAGGACAACAAGAGGAGGUCUCAGGUGAAACUGGGCUCUGCAGCUGAUUUCACCCUGGACAUUAACGAGACGGAUCUCAGCCUCCUGACUGCCAGCAUUAAGGCCCCCUCGGGUCGAGAUGAGCCCUGUCUUCUUAAGAGACAGCCCAACAACCAUAUUGGCAUCUCCUUCAUUCCGCGGGAAGUUGGCGAGCAUCUGGUCAGCAUCAAGAAGAAUGGGCAACACGUGGCCAACAGCCCAAUCACCAUCAUGGUGGUGCAGUCUGAGAUCGGAGAUGCCAGUAAGGUCAAGGUGUAUGGGCAGGGCCUGGUGGAAGGACUCACCUCUGAGAUGUCCAACUUUAUUGUCGACACUAGAGAAGCAGGUUACGGUGGCCUAGCGCUGACCAUUGAGGGCCCCAGUAAGGUGGACAUCCAGACAGAGGACAUGGAGGAUGGCACCUGUGGAGUGUCUUACUGUCCCAUGGAGCCAGGGACAUACAUAGUGUCAAUCCGUUUUGCUGAAGAGCAUGUUCCAGGGAGUCCCUUCUCAGUGAAGGUAACAGGAGAGGGUCGCAUCCGCGAAAGUAUCUCCCGCAGGCAGAAGGCUGCCUCUGUCGCCAGCGUGGGCAGUGUGUGUGAUCUCAAUCUGAAGAUCCCUGAGAUAGACAUCCGAGAGGUGUCCGCUCAGGUCACUAGCCCCUCCGGAGCCACAGAGGAUGCAGAGAUAGUCGCCAUGGGCAACCACACCUACUGUAUCCGCUUUGUGCCACGAGAGAUGGGCAUACACAUGGUCAGUGUCAAGUACCGUGGCCAGCACGUCCCUGGAAGCCCCUUCCAGUUCACCGUGGGGCCACUGGGAGAGGGUGGGCCCCACAAAGUACGUGCUGGUGGCCCAGGGCUAGAGAAGGCUGAGGCAGGCGUCCCAGCGGAGUUUAACAUUUGGACACGGGAAGCUGGUGCAGGGGGCCUCUCAAUCGCUGUGGAGGGUCCAAGCCGAGCUGAAAUCUCCUUUGAGGACCGGAAGGAUGGCUCCUGUGGGGUGUCAUAUGUUGCACAGGAGCCUGGUGAUUAUGAGGUGUCGGUGAAGUUCAAUGAUGAGCACAUCCCUGACAGCCCAUACCUGGUGCAAGUGUGCGCACCUACAGAUGAUGCACGGCGACUCACUGUUACCAGUCUUCAGGAGUCAGGUUUAAAAGCCAACCAGCCAGCCUCGUUUGCAGUGAGCCUGAAUGGCGCUCAGGGCUCCAUCAAUGCUAAAGUGCACAGCCCAUCCGGAGCCUUGGAGGAGUGUGUUGUGUCCGAGCUAGAGCAAGGCAAAUAUGCCAUUCGUUUCAUCCCUCGUGAGAACGGCAUCCACGCCAUUGAUGUCAAGUUCAAUGGCAGCCACAUCCCUGGCAGUCCAUUCCAGGUGCGGGUGGGUGAGCCAGGACAGAGUGGAGAUGCCGGCCUAGUUAGCGCAUACGGAGCUGGUCUGGAAAGAGGCACAACAGGUAACCAGGCAGAGUUCACCAUCAACAGCAUUAAAGCCGGGCCAGGCUCUCUGGCUGUGACCAUAGAGGGCCCAUCCAAGGUGAAGAUGGAGUGCCAGGAGUGCCCAGAGGGCUACAAGGUGCAGUACACACCCAUGGCCCCCGGCAACUAUCUAAUCAGCAUCAAGUAUGGAGGGCCCAAUCACAUCACCGGCAGCCCCUUCAAGGCCAAAGUCACAGGCCCUCGUCUGGUGAAUGUAACCAAUGCCAGUGAAACGUCCACACUGAUGGUAGACCCGGUCACUAAGCACAGUGCUGCUGCUGUCCAUAGUGCCCUGCCCCGGGCUGCCUCAGACGCUAGCAAGGUCCUGAGCAGAGGCCCAGGCCUGAGCAAGGCCUUUAUUGGCCAGAAGAGCAGCUUCUCUGUGGACUGUAGCCAAGCAGGUAAGAAUAUGCUGCUGGUUGGUGUACAUGGGCCGAACACGCCGUGUGAAGAGGUGAUGGUGAAGCACAUGGGGAAUCUGCAGUACAACGUCAGCUAUGUGCUAAAGGAGCGCGGCAGCUACGUGCUGGCUGUGAAGUGGGGUGAGGAGCACAUCCCUGGGUCGCCCUUCCAUGUCACUGUCCCAUGAGUCUCGUCACUUAGACACCGGGACAUGAGCAGGAGGAUAGCCAAACCCACUCCGUGAAGCCCAGUGCUGUAGAAUACACCAGACAAAUUUGCACUUCAAUAUACUCUACAUGUAAAAUGAAUACAGGUGACAUUUUACAUUGUGUUUAAAAGCAAACAAUUUCCCACACCUCAAUUAAAAAAAAGAGUUCUGGUUUCACCCUGUCAUUUAUGAACAGGCCUUAAUAUAUUUAUUAGUAAGUAAAUAAGUAGUAUUUAACAACCAUGUGGCCCAUCAUUUACUAUUGAUGUCAUCUUCAUUUUGUCCUUGUUUGUGUUCUCAUCAGCAUGUAGGCGUCAUGUACACUCAGACUUAUCCAUAAAAUGCAAAUGAUUAUGUCCACUACCAAAUAUGUGAUGCAAGAUUUCAUUUUUCACAACACUUUACAGUGUGGUGUUUACAUGUGUUUUUAUGCAUAAAUUAUCUUCUGUCACCUCCUUGUGCUGCAGUGGCAGUUAUCUCACAUAGACACUACCUAGACUACUUCAGAUCUUGUGCUGCAGUGCCAGUUAUCUCACAUAGACACUACCUAGACUACUUCAGAUCUUGAAUUCUGGACUGAUGUCAAGAUCUGACAAACAAUGUCUAUGCAGCCGUUUAGGUAUUUUUAGCCAACACACUCCGUAUCACCAAAACAACCAUCUUUAUUAUUUCUCUGUCUUUGGUUGGCCAUAGUGGACUCUUAAUAUUAACUCAAUUCAGAAUACUAUUCAGAAGUAGAGUUUGGAAUAAAACUAUGUUGUCUUAUGUUGCUUAAAUAUAAUAGUUUUGAUACAUGAAUGUUGAAAAAAUAUUUUUGAGGAUUGUUUUAAUGUGAGAGAAAAUCUUUUCACUGUUUGUAGUAUCUCCCUGUGCCUUAACGUGGCUCAAUAAAUUAUGUACUGUACAUUUGUGAUUUAUUAAAUAAAACAAAAACUGGAGCAUC